GUGUUUAAAGAUGAGCUGGAAGGCCUGAUUCAGGACCAGCUGACCAAAGGCCACAACCCUUCGGGUCUCCUGGCGCUGCGGCAAAUCGCUGACCUGAUCAUGGCCAGUACUGUCGGAGGGGCGGGUCCUCUGACCUCACCUAUCAGCUAUGGGAUGGUGACUCCUGUCAACGACUUGUUCGGCAUCGAGUCUCCGUCUUUUGCCAAAGGGGAGAAGCAGAGUCGCUGCAAGCUUGCAAGCCUCUACAGACUUGUUGACCUCUUCAACUGGGCUCGUUUUACAAGCGCCUACAUUACUGUGCGAGUCAGCAAAGAACAGGAUCACGUUCUCAUCAGUCCUCGAGGUCUAUCCUUCGCCGAGGUGACGGCAGCGAAUUUGGUUAAAGUGAACAUUGUGGGUGAAGUUGUGGACCAGGGUUCUACCGAACUGGGCAUUGACCAUUUUGGAUUUGCUCCACACGCCGCCAUUUACUCAAUGCGCCCGGAUGUAAGAUGCAUCAUCCAUAUCCACACCCCGGCUACAACCGCUGUGUCCUCGAUGAAAUGUGGAAUCCUGCCCAUUUCCCAGGAGGCUUUGCUUCUGGGAGAUGUGAGCUGUUUUGGUUACCAUGGCAGCUUGGAUAAUAAAGAGGAGAUGGUGGAGUUUCAAAAAGCUUUGGGCCCGACUGCAAAGGUGAUGAUGUUGAGCAACCACGGACUGCUGGCUUUAGGGGAAACAGUCGAAGAAGCUUUUCACUAUGUGUACCACUCACAGCUCGCCUGUGAAAUCCAGGUGAACUCCAUGAGAUGCUCAGGCGGCGCCGACAACCUCACGCUGUUGGACAGGCAGAAGUUCAAGCCUCUGACUCAGGGAGUGGCAGCAGCAGGGGUGGUAAUCGACAACGAAGUCAAGUGGAAAGUGGGCGAGGCCGAAUUCGAGUCGCUGAUGAGGAUGCUGGAUAACCUGGGGUACAGAACGGGCUACGCUUACCGCAACCCCGUCGUCCGGGAAAAACCCCGCUCUAAGAACGACGUUGAAAUCCCCGCCACGGUGUCAGCCGUGCCGCCGGACGACGGCGAGUUGGGACUGCGCAGCCCCCUCAAGUUCAUGGCCCAGAAACAGCAGAGGGAGCGCACCCGCUGGCUCACCUCGCCCAACAGCUACCUAAAGGUCAACGUCCCCGAACAGUCGCCCAGCGGGGACGUCAGCCCCAGGACUAAAACCAUGUGGAUGAAGUCCUCACAGCCAGGAAAUAAUGCUGGAAUGCCCAUAAAAAUUGAGGAUCCCAACCAGUUUGUCCCACUCAACACUAAUCCUAAUGAGGUUCUGGACAAGAGGAAUCGGAUAAAGGAACAACACAGAGGUGAUCAGAUGACCGCAGGACCAAAAUCUCAGUUACUAGCAGGCAUUGUGGUGGACACCAUACCGGGCCCUGCCUUCAUUGUUGAAGACGAGGAACAGACCCGAUCACUUCCUCCAAACCCCUUCAAUGAGCUUUCAGAGAAGGUUCUGGAAGAGUACAAGAGCCUGGUGGAGAGAAAGCAGCUCGGCCAAGACGAGGAGGAUGAUGCCACUGAUGCUGAUGAGAUGACCACGUUUGAUGGCUCCACCAUCUCCCUCUCCCUCUCCCCUCUAAUGACACCAACUAAACAAGAUGCCAUCCCGAACGGGAAGGACCACUCGGCGGAGACGGACGAGGAUCUGAGCAUCGAGGUGUCCCAGCUGAGCGUCAGCACCUCCGAUACGGGGGACGUCUCCGUGACAACCAAGGAGAAGCAAGGGGAGCCCCAGACUCCCGAGAGCCAGAAGAAGUCCCCGAAGAAGAAGAAGAACAAGUUUCGCACACCUUCAUUUCUGAAGAAGAGCAAGAAGAAGAAGGAGGAGAAGGAGAAAGAAGAAGCUUGAGUUGUCGGCUGUCAUUUAAGCAAUGAUUUUGAUGUUGGAAGAAUUGCCUUUAUUAAAUGUGUGUUGAAGGGACCUGAAAUAUGAAAAGAAGUGUUUUUUUCUUUAAAGAUGUGUCAACCAAUUGAAAUAACUGACAUUUAUUUACCCUAAUUUACCAAUCAGAUCACCAAUCCACAAAACACAUCUGAAUUAGCUUGUUAUAUAGUUGUUUUUUCAAUACUUUUUGCACAUUUUGUUCUAUCUAAAUAAAAUUGAAAAAGUUUUAUUCCCAGAAACAAUCAACAAAAGUGGCUACAAAUAAUCCAGAUUAUCUACUGUUUAACCUUGGGAGACGUUUGAUUUGUAUUUGAACAUGUAAGUUGGUAUAUUAACAAUAUAGUGUUUGAUAUGAAACGAUACAUAUUUACUUGCUCAGUUUUAGGCUAAAUAUGCUGUGAUGAUGCAAACGUUAAUAAUUCAUGUAGGUUUUUUUUGUCUUUGUGUGUCAUGGUUCCCAUGGUUGCUGCUUUGUUGUUUUCAUGACAGGAAUCAACUGUGACUAACGGAAGGCUCGGAAAGUGAUGAUGGAUUUGUUUAGGAGAGACAAAGUGGGAUUUUUCUUUUCUUUUUUUGAUUGUUGAGGAGGAAAGCGAGGCUGAACGUGAUGUUUUGAGCAGCCAUGUCCAAACUGUCAGAGAAGGAAAAGCUAUUCUUUGAACUGUUCAGGCUUUGACAUGCUGUGGGCUUGGAGGAGCAUAUACAUACAUAUAUAUAUAUUUACAUCCCCAUCAACAAUGUGAAUGAUUUGCUUUUGAACCCAAAGGAAGUGAAUUUAUGUAAAUACUUUUUUUUCUAAUGCAAAGCCAAAUUUGAGUUAAUCUUAUAGGUGUGACAGUACAAUCUAAUACUAUUUUAACACUUGUAUUAUAGUGUUUUAUAAUCACUAAUGGGCGCCAUAUAUGCUAAAUUUGUGUUUACAAAUCGUAUUACCUGUGUAGUGCUUGUAUUUCCUUUGUUGUUUACAUUUUGCUCCAUUACUUUUCUAUUUUUUUCCUGUCUUAUUAGCCAUUUUAAAGGUAAAAAUGUUCAUUUUUAUUGCUGACAAACAACGUUUCAGACACUGAUGCUAACAAAGUCCAGUUAGAUCUCUCCUUUGACAUGGAAUUUCUAUGUUUAUGAAAUAAAGCUUUUCUGAAAACUUG